UUUGUAUACAAGUCUGUGCUCUCAUUCAUGCAGGGUGUAUAGCAGUCUCCGCCGACUACCAAGCUGUGUCACAUCCCAGACAGAAGCGAAAAGCUCCUCUCUCUCUCUCAUAGAAAGGGUUGUGACCCUGUACAGUAGCAGCCACCAUGGCAGAAGCUCACCAGGCGGUGGCCUUCCAGUUCACCGUCACCCCCGAUGGCAUCGACCUGCAGCUGUGCCACGAGGCUCUACGCCAGAUCUACCUCUCUGGCCUCCACUCUUGGAAGAAGAGGUUCAUUCGCUUCAAGAAUGGAGUAAUGACUGGUGUGUACCCUGGCAGCCCUGGUGGGUUCAUGGUAGUGGUUGUGUCCUACAUGUCCUACAGUAAAUACCAACAGCUGGAUCCCUCUCUGGGGAUGUUUGCCAAGCUAGGCCAACACAUACCCAUCAGUCAAUAUAUGUCCACAGAUAGCCAGAGGAUAGUUGGAGGAGUUCUGGUGGGCACGGGCCUGUGGGUCACCAUAAUCAUGAUCAUGAGGAAUGUCCUUAAGUGCCUGUUGUCGUGGCAUGGCUGGAUGCAUGCACGCCAUGGCUCUGUGUCCUGGUCUGCUCGUCUGUGGAUGAUAUUAGUGAAGGUGUUUUCAGGCAGGAAGCCAAUGCUCUACAGUUUCCAGAACUCUCUGCCACGACUACCUGUUCCCUCUGUCAAGGACACCUGCAAAAGGUACCUGGAAUCAGUACGUCCACUGAUGGAGGAUGAGCAGUAUGAACGAAUGAAGGGCUUGGCUAAAGAAUUUGAGAAGAACCUGGGACCCAGACUGCAGUGGUACCUCAAACUCAAGUCCUGGUGGGCCUCCAACUAUGUCAGUGACUGGUGGGAGGAGUAUAUUUACCUUAGAGGUCGUGGGCCCAUCAUGGUGAACAGCAACUAUUAUGCCAUGGAUUUCCUUUAUGUGUUCCCCACCAACAUCCAGGCUGCCAGGGCAGGUAAUGCCAUCCAUGCUAUCAUGCUCUACAGGAGAAAACUGGACAGAGGCCAGGUCAAACCAAUAUACUUGCUGGCAAACAAGGUUCCUCUGUGUUCGGCUCAGUGGGAGCGGAUGUUUAACACCACCCGCAUCCCUGGUUUGGAGACAGACAUCCUUCAGCACAUGAACGAGAGCAAACACAUAGCUGUGUACCAUAAGGGGCGUUAUUUCAAGGUGUGGAUGUUUUAUGACGGGCGACUGCUGUUGCCACGGGAGAUAGAGCAGCAGAUGGAGAGGAUCUUGGCAGACCAGUCGGAGCCCUUGCCGGGAGAGGAGAGGCUAGCUGCCCUUACUGCGGGAGAAAGGACCCCAUGGGCCAGUGCUCGGGAAACCUACUUCAGCCGUGGUAAGAACAAGCAGUCACUAGACGCCAUUGAGAAGGCGGCCUUCGUUGUGACCCUUGAUGACACUGAGCAGUGCUACGAUAGCAACAACCCAGUCAAGUCUCUGGACAGAUACGCCAAGUCCCUGCUCCACGGAAAGUGCUAUGACAGGUGGUUUGAUAAAUCCUUUAACCUGAUUGUUUUCAAGAAUGCCACCAUGGGACUGAACGCAGAGCAUUCAUGGGCAGAUGCUCCAAUCAUUGGCCAUCUCUGGGAGCAUGUACUUUCCAUGGACCCUGUUAAACUGGGAUAUGAGGAUGGUCACUGCCGUGGGGAGCCCCACCCCAACAUGCCAGGUCCUCAGAGGCUGCAGUGGGACCUCCCUGCUGAGUGCCAAGAGGUCAUCCAGAGUUCUCUCACAGUGGCCAGGUCUCUGGCGGAUGAUGUGGACUGUCACAUUUUCCCCUUCAGUGACUUUGGCAAGGGUCUGAUUAAGAAGUGUCGCACCAGUCCUGAUGCCUUCAUCCAGAUCGCCCUCCAGCUGGCCCACUACAGGGACAAAGGGAAGUUCUGCCUGACAUACGAAGCCUCCAUGACGCGUUUGUUCCGUGAAGGCCGAACAGAGACUGUGCGUUCCUGCACCAUGGAGACUUGUGCCUUCGUUCGAUCCAUGAUCAGAGACGAGACGAGAGAAGAGCGUCUCAUGUUGCUCAAACAGGCUGCAGAGAAGCACCAAAACAUGUACCGCCUGGCAAUGACAGGACAGGGUAUCGAUCGCCACCUUUUCUGUCUCUAUGUGGUUUCCAAAUACUUGGGAGAAGACUCAGCCUUCCUCAAGGAGGUCCUGUCUGAACCAUGGAGGCUAUCCACCAGUCAGACCCCUGUGCAGCAAACUGAGUUGUUUGAUCUGGUCAAACACCCUGAGUAUGUGUCCUCCGGAGGCGGAUUUGGUCCUGUGGCUAAUGAUGGUUAUGGUGUCUCCUACAUCAUUGUUGGUGAGAACCUCAUCAACUUCCACAUCUCCAGCAAACACUCAAGCCCGGAGACCGACUCCCACCGUUUUGGCACAAACAUCAGACAGGCCAUGCUGGACAUACUGGCUCUCUUCCAGCUCGACAACAAAGCCAAGUGAUCGUCCCCUCUGUGGGUGGAACAAACAUGAGAAGUUGUUUUUAGCAAAACAUAUAUUCUUCCUAAAGCUUGUACAGAAUCAAAUGUUGGAUUUGGGGUUAUUUUUUAAGUUAAUUGAUUUUACAGAAAUAAGGAUGAUUGAGAUGAUGAUAUUUGGAAACAUUACUGUCAAUAUGUGUGUGAGGCGUUCAUGUGUACUGUAUGUAUAGGCUAGGUGAGAUUCGGGUGGUAUGGGGUACAGGUAGUGCACAGAUCAAAGUUUUUAUUUACAGGACUGUUCGCACUGGUGCCUUAGUGACCCACUAAUGUAAAAAAGGGCAGAAAGGGAGGAGAGAAUCUGAGCCUCUGUAGUCUGAGAUCAAGUCUGUAUAACCACAGUAACUGACAUUUCAGCCGAAGGAUUGUCCAGUAGCAUCAUCCAACAUUUGCACCAUGUUUUAAGUUGAGAGAUGGUGCAAUAUUUUACUAGUUUUUGUCCCAGUGUUGAAAAUCUUCUGAAUUCAUGUUGUUUUUAGUUUCUCCCCCCCCCGAUCUCCUCAAUUGCAGAACCUCAUGUAACCGGCAGCAAACGUGAUGUUAAGUGCUAUCAACAAACUGCAUGUUGCGUGGUGUCCAUUAAUUUCAAAUGGCUCUGUAUUUAAACUGCUACCGAGUCUCAUUCGCUAGGCUGAACCAUUUUAUCCAGUAAUCUUCUACCUAUGGAAGCCUGUAGAAGUCGAGCUAUAAUUACAAGAGUUGUAAAUAUUCAACAUAAGAAAGUGAACCUGUGUCAGUGUGGUUCUGGAUAGCAACACACAAGACACGGAGCAGUUGCCACGGUCUAGCAAAUGGAUCUUCGUUGCCUUUCUGACUCAAGUGCACAGGCAAUAUGUUUGUUCUUUUUAGCUGCCAUGAUUUGAUUAGCGCCGAAGGCAGAUCGCGUUUGUGUCAUUUUCAUUCUCAGGUUUUACUAACUUGGCCUAGUAUUCAAGGGUGCUGGCUACAGCGUUGGAAGGUUAGUGCUUAUGUGGACGUGUACGUGUGCAGCAGUAGAAGAAAUUGAGAUGCAGUAUAAUGUCUACAGUAAUAAUAUAAUCUGUGUGACUCAGACGUGCUGGUGGGUGGGAAACGUGAAGUUUGCUGUGAAAAGUGAGGGAUUCGCGAGACAGGUUGUGUGUCUCGGUUGGAUCUCACUUGCACGUGUUGAGUUUGACUGACACUGUGUGUGGCUGACACAACUUUUUUCAGUUUCUUGUGUUUAAAACAAAAAAAAACAAAAAAAAAAAAGAGUGGGUUCUGUAUUUUAACUCUGUUGUGCACUCCAUGACUGGUCCUUUUAGUUCUAACCAACCAAUUCCUAAGUACCUUGGUAGCCUUUUUGUCAGAUCAAGAUGAAUUCUAAACUUUUAUGAGCAAACUGUUGAGUUGACCGUUCCAGCAUAGUGAUGUUGCAGCUGUCAAGAAUGAGGUACGCAAUCGUUUAAUAGGUUAUUAUAGUAUGUUAGGAAAUCCAUGAGUAAUGCUUAGAAAGAGCAGAUGUAGUGGGGGUGUCAUGUGUAGGAAUGCAUUUCUGUUAUGUAUAUGUUGUCAGUUCAUCAUUAUUUAUUUUUUUCCAUGUUUUCACCACUUUAUUCAAGAAACAAAAAUGCAUAUUUACUAGUUGAACGCGGCGAAUGAUGAGCAUUAAGUUAAAGCUUUGCUGAUUCAAGAAGUGAAACGGACAAAAUGGUUCCUUUUUUGACAUGACAGUUUUGUUACCACAGACUUUGCCAGUAUGUUGUAGUUGUAUGACUUUUUAUCUCAGUAGACCUCAUGUUUACACUGCUGCAUGGUUUUUGAAGAUGAAGCUGUAUAUCUUUGCCUUUAAUUUAAAGAUGCGUAAAAAGAAAAGCAGCUGAUAUACCAAAACAAGUUUUAACAAUAAAGUGAAUGUCAGACAGCUGUA